GACCCGGACUCCACGACCAGCGGACGGUCCGCGACGGAAGUCGCCGCCGAUCUCGCGAGAGCCUAGGGCGAGACGACUCCGAAAUGCAGGACACGGAUAACGACUCGUCGGGGGCCGUGCUCCUGAACACCUUCGUCAUCAAGAAAAAGAGAUGCAGGGUCUAUUUUCACCGCGGCACCCUCAUCUGGGAGACGGAACGACCACCCUACACGAGGUGGACGUUGCCCUUGACCGACGCGUUGGCAGCGAGAUUCGCCGAUGGCAGCGUACCCAUUUCCCCCGAGAGCAAGGAGAAGCAGUCGUCACCUCCGACGUCGUCGCCGACGAGUUUCGUCCUACAUUACGCAGCCCAGGGCCCGAAGAAUAAGUGGAGUCACCACACGGUCACGAUGAGCCACACGGAGCCUCGCCAGGUCGCGUCCUGGGUCAAGACCAUCAGGAACUACCUCAAGAACAUUAGUCAGCGGCCGAGGAAGAUAUUGAUCUUCGUGAACCCCUACGGCGGCAAGAAGAAGGGCCUAAAGAUCUGGGAAAAGGAGGUCCAGCCUUUGCUGAAGAUCGCGGAGAUCGAGAGCAGGGUGAUAGUCACCGAGAGAGCUGGACACGUGCGCGACACUUUGCUGACUACCAACUUGGAUGAUAUUCAAGCAGUGGUGUGCAUCGGGGGUGAUGGAACGUUCGCAGAGGUUUUUAAUGGAUUAGUCUUGAGGACUGCCAAGGAUCAUCGGAUCGAUCCCAAUGACUCGAAUGCUAAUUUUCUUGUGCCGUCGCUUCCUGUCGGUGUCAUUCCCAGUGGAAGUACCGACACCUUGGCUUACAGUCUGCACGGCACUACGGAUGUAGAAACUGCCGUCAUACAUAUCAUCUUUGGAGACACCACCGGCCUAGAUCUCUCAUCUGUCCAUAACAACCGAUCCCUUCUGAGGUUAUAUGCCAGUGUUCUGAGUUAUGGAUAUCUUGGCGAUGUCAUCAGAGACAGCGAGAAGUUUCGUUGGAUGGGACCACAGAGAUACGAUUACUCGGGAUUUAAGAAGCUCAUGGCGAACAAAGGCUACGAUGGUGAGAUCGAACUUUUGUCGGACCCCUGUCAUCCAGCCGCUAGCACGAGGUGCAUGCAAAAUUGCACGCGUUGCAUUCAGCACAUGCACAAUAGUGUACCUGACAAAGAAAUUACAAGAAAACUUAUAGUUAGAGGGAAGUUCUUCAUGGUGAAUGGUGCAAACGUUUCUUGUGCAUGUUCGAGGAGUCCCUUGGGAUUUAGUCCACAUUGUCACAUUGGCGAUGGAUGUGUCGACGUAAUUCUGGUUCGACAUACUUCCUUCAUCAACAAUUUGAGAAUGUUACUUAGGCUUAGUAGUAAAAACAAGACUCUCUAUGAUCUACCAUUCGUUGAGGUCUACAGAGCAAGAGAAUUCACGUUCCGGGCUCUCCCCACUUUGCACUUACAGUCCGAAAACGAAAUUACCGCAUCCCAUUUACUUUCAGGUUUAAGUGUAUGGAAUUGCGACGGUGAGGUUAUUCAGGAUCCAAACGUUAAAAUAAGAGUACAUUGUCAAUUGUUAAAAGUUUACACGAGAAGGGUCCAAGAAAAUCCCGAUGAACCGUCCUGCUUCUGUUCAUUGUGAAGUAUUCCUUGGUACAGUGGAGACGAAUUUUGGUAAUCACAGCAGUGGCCCUAAGUGAGGGAUGUACUUAUAAAAGUACUUCCAUAUUUGUUGAACACCAAUACCGAUAUCACAGAGUUCCUUAAACUUGCCCUGGUCUCUUUGCAGUGAGACAAAAUAUGCAUAAUGUCUCGAGAAUUGUACUUGAUAGGUGAUGAAGAGACACGUUCUAAGUGCAUUUAUUGCACCGUUGUAACAUUCCCAGCAAAUCAUUUUUCAGAAUUCAUUAGAAAUGUCAGAAUCAUUUCUGGUGAAAUGCUGAGAGGUUUACGUCUGCUUUGGAAACUCUCUUCGUCAGAGUUAUUCAGGUAUUAGGCUGCUAGUAACUGAAGACCAACACAUAAGAAUGCGUAUUUUUAACGUAUAUUUUGGCACAAAAAUGAUUGCCUUUGUGCUCUAUUUGAUAUUUUCACUGAGUCGUGGAGAAUGAAUACAAUAAAUUGAUGACGAUAAAUUGAGAAUUUCCAAGCCAUAUGGUGCAGUCGAGGUGGAAUCAAUUAUAACAGCUUUUUCACCCUUCACAAUGUUUAAAUGCUAUUGAGAUUAACAUCAAUUUAACACUUUAGCGUCCAUGACUCGUUUCACUGUUAAAAAUGUCUAAUUAUAAAAGAUAAUUUUAACAGUGCGCACCUGAUAUAAUAGUCUUCAAUUAUUAUAUUAUGUUAAUUGAAAAAACAUGAUACGUCCAUGUCUAACAACAUUGUUGUUAAACAGCCAGUAAUAAGUUUAAGACGUUUUAGAUUAUUUUGUUUUCACUUGAUCAGAACAUUCCACUGUAUACGUUAUAGUCUGUUGGAUGCUUUACCAUUAACAGACUAUCGUUGAACACGCUUUAUUAUUUGAUCGAAUGGUAGACAAAGACGAAAGAAGCUACGAUGACGUUAGCUGAAUUGGUAUAUACUUGUACAUACA